AUGGCUAAACACAAUCCCAUGGAACAUGUACUAGAGCUUUAUAAACAAUUUCGAGAUAGCGAUUCUUCUUUUAUCGUCGAUGAAAAAAAUAAUAUACGGUAUAGUGUCAUGCAAGAAGAAGAUAUGGAUGAAGCUAUGAAAGUCAUUGCUAUCUCUUUUAUUGAACAAAAUGAAAUUUUUAAAAGUCAAGGUGUAACAGUUGAGCAAUAUAUCCUUGCUGCUAAAUUUGAAUUCCGAUUGGCGAUGGAAGAUAAAUUAGCAAUCGUUGCUCGAGAUAUAGAAAAUAAUAAAUUAGUUGGAGUAGGAAUUGGUUAUGUUUACAGUAAGGCAACUGAAGCGACUGCGGGCGAGAACGUUAUUAAUAACUAUGGAGAAGCUAUGGCUCCGAUUAUGGAUUGUAUGAUGCAAUUAUAUGAAGACGCAGAGAAAAAAGAAUCCUUUGAUCCAAAGAAAAUGAUCGUUAUCGAUGAUGUUGCUUGCUUGAGAGGUGAAAAAUAUGCUAGUAAGGCUAUUGGAUUCUUGAGCGGUUUUUUAGUAGAAGCAAUAAGUGCUCGACAUGGUUAUGAAAAAAUGAUAACCACUAUUUUCAAUCCAAUCAUGCAAAAAAGAGCUCUUGCAGUUGGCUAUCGAUUAAUUUGUUCAGUCGAUUUAAAUGAAUAUACCUAUAAAGAUGUAAAAGUCUUUCUGGAUUUAGUAGCAAAAGGCUACAAGGAAGUGCAAAUCUUUAUCAAGGACAUAGGGAAAAAUAACAAAAAAUGA